CAUUUGCUACCCUUUUUUUUGUUUUUUUCCUCCGAAGUUUCACUCUUUUAUAUCUAUUCUGAUUCAAAGUUUGAGUCUUUCCCAUUGGGGUGCCUUGAGUUGACGUGCAAGAUCAGAUCUGUUUACGUGAGUCUUAAUUCAAGUUCAAGUUUUUCUUGUGGAGCAAACGAUUGAAGUAAAACAUUGUAUCUAUUGACUAUAGCUAUGAACUAAAGCUGUGGUUUUGAAGGACUAGAGUGGUGUGAAUGUGGAUUUAUUCUAAAUUCUAAAGCUAUAUUGCAGAUAGCAGAAUUGGGCUGGGUUCACUUUUGGAGAUUCAGAGAAUUCACACUUGAAUAACUGAAGAAUUUAAAAAUGAUUUUGAGAAAAAACAUGGGACGGGCAAAGUCACUACUUAUGCUGCUUAUGGUGCUUGGUUUUUCCUUUGCCACUUAUAAUUUGGUAUCUAUGAUCAUAGACCAUAAGGGUGGAGUAGGGGUGGCAGAUGAGUUGGAAUCUUUUGAUGGAAACUUACAUUCAAAAUUCCAUGUUGCCCUGACUGCAACUGAUGCUGCUUAUAGCCAAUGGCAAUGCCGGAUUAUGUACUACUGGUAUAAGAAGGUGAAGGACAUGCCUGGAUCAGACAUGGGAAAGUUCACCCGCAUUUUGCAUUCAGGAAGAGCAGAUCAGUUGAUGGAUGAAAUUCCUACUUUUGUGGUUGAUCCACUUCCUGAGGGCUUGGAUCGGGGUUAUAUUGUCCUAAAUAGACCAUGGGCUUUUGUUCAGUGGCUGGAGAAAGCAGAUAUUGAGGAAGAAUAUAUUCUGAUGGCAGAACCUGAUCAUAUAUUUGUAAAUCCUUUGCCUAAUUUGGCUCGUGGAACCCGACCAGCAGGGUAUCCAUUUUUCUAUAUAAAACCAGCUGAAAAUGAAAAAAUAAUAAGGAAAUUCUAUCCUAAGGAAAAGGGUCCUGUUACUGAUGUUGAUCCCAUUGGCAAUUCUCCUGUAAUCAUUCAGAAGUCUUUGAUGGAGGAAAUAGCUCCUACGUGGGUGAAUGUUUCAUUGAGAAUGAAAGAUGAUACAGAGACCGAUAAAGCUUUUGGAUGGGUGCUUGAAAUGUAUGCUUAUGCAGUGGCAUCUGCAUUGCAUGGUGUAAAGCAUAUUCUUCGAAAAGACUUUAUGCUUCAGCCACCUUGGGACUUCAAUGUUGGGGAGAAUUUUAUCAUCCAUUAUACAUAUGGAUGUGACUACAAUUUGAAGGGGGAACUGACAUAUGGAAAGAUUGGAGAAUGGCGUUUUGACAAGAGAUCAUAUCUUAUGGGUCCUCCACCCAAAAACCUUUCCUUACCUCCUCCUGCAGUUCCUGAAAGUGUGGAGCGGCUUGUAAUGAUGGUGAAUGAGGCUACUGCAAACAUACCUGAAUGGGAUACAUUAAAUAGAAGCUGAGGGAAAGAUAAUAAACCUUAACGCCUUGCACCCCUUUUGCCAAUGACUAUAAUAUAAGAUGAGGACCACAAAUACUAAU